AUGGCAGCAAUGAGACCACCUCGUUUGCAGGUAGGCUCCGAGGCUUGGAUAUCCGAGGAGCGAAAUGCAGCCUUGCAAAUUGUUCAGUCAGAGGUGGAAGAAUUUUCAUACUCUGCCCGGAAUGAGUUGGACUGGCUCAACGAACAUAUGGCUGGCAUCUUCAACGAGAAUGAAACAAAUUUUGCAGAGAUUUUCAAAACUCCGGGGAAGCUUCGAGGGAAAACACCUAGGACUGCAAAUCGUGCGAAACUUACAGAAACGCGUGUGCCUCUCUCCGAGGUGUUCUCUGCAACUCCGCUUGGCGUUUCAAGCCCCUUGAAUAAGAAUCAACGCGCAAUAAGUAGAAACGCUGAAAGAAGCUCCCCCAGCCCUCUUCGACCGCAAAACUCCCGCCUGGCUGUGUUUUCAUCGAAACAGUCAAUACAUGGAACCCAAGACUCUGGCUACUUUGGAAGCCAAGAUGUCGCCCCGGUGCAUAUUCACAUGGAUACGGACUUUGAAGAUGAGGAAACUUCCUGCCAGAUGAAUGCAAAGCCCACAACUACGAUGUCACCAGAGAAAAAUCCAGCAGGGAUUGCAUGCACUGACUCGCCGGAGAAAGCGUUACAAACCGCAAAACAGGAUCAAACAGUGCGGAUUUCAGCUGAAGUAUCGGAAACAACUGCUGCUGGGGCGCAUUUUCACCCCGACCAUGAACCAGGAUGCGAUGAAGCUGCAUCAGCUGAAAGUCAACCGAACCUCGAGGCUAAACAAAUUGCUCAGCAUACUGAUGAUGCCCGCUCUACUUCAGACGGCUCAAGCCCGAUACGCCCCGUUGUUCGCAAGAGCAGCCUUAAUUUCGCGUCUCUGCCAGCCAGGGAGCCUCUCGCAGCUGGUAAGAGCAGUGGUGCUCGAGUCUCCCGAAGUAGCCACCUGGAUCACGGAAGGGCAAGCUACUACAACAGGCAAACUGGCGGCAAGAGCAUAGGAGGAACUCUGAUGAAAUCGAAUCGUGAAGAGGACCAAGAACAUGACUUGUUCGCGGAAGAUGCUGCGUUUUCACAAACUGUCACCGACGAUAACAAGACCUAUACUCAACGGCUGCAGGAUCAGAUUAACAUGCUUGGCCAAUCGCAAUCGAAAACUGCAAUUUUCACUCAACAGAGCAAGACACCUGCGCCGAAGACUGCCUCCCCGCUUCCGUUGAAAACCCUUCAGUCUACACCGGGGGCUUUCCCCCAGGAUGACGAUGAUGACUGGAUCGAGCCGCCUGCUACGGUUGGUUUGGCAGCCGAUGACCGGCCGAGUUUCUCGAAGAGUCAUUCUGCAGUUGUCGUGGAAGGUAUCCAAGGCAAGAAGACCAUCGGUCAAACGGAUUUUGUCUUUUCAGAUAACGAAAGUGCUGGUGCUGCUGAAGUAUGUGUACAGGACAGAGUGGUCAAGCAAUCCUACGGUGAUGAAAAACUUGCCUCUGUUCCAGGUAUUCCGAUCAUGGAUCGGACAGACGAAGAACCUCAACUUCAUAAAAAUGUUGCGUCCUUUGCUAAACCAGGUCUCAUGACAGUGGCUGAAAUCAGUGGCUUUGAUACACAGCUUAGAUCGCCCUCUCGAAGUGUUCGAGAAAGCCCUCUAAGACAAGUAAAGAACAAGCUGUCGUCCAUUUUGAAAAGCUCCAGAGGUCUGUUGGCUAGUAGCGCUGCCAUAAGUGCGGAGGGAAAAUCUCUGAUGUCACCAUCAUCAGCUCGCCUUGGCCUGCAUUCCAUCAUGUCGUCAGAAUCGAUUGCUACUAAACAAGGACUGGGUCUUCAAAUCCCGCAAAACACAGCAGUGGAAGCUGAGUCCAGCCCUUCACGAACAACCCGCCGAACCCGGGCUUCAGCCGAAAGGGAGCGAGAGGAGAAGAAGCGCGAAAAAGAAAUCAAAAGACUCGAAGAGCAGAACGAAAAAUUGGAAAAGAUGCGGGAGAAAGAACGCGAAAAAGCCCGCGUUUUCAGUAAAGAACAGGAGAAACUCGCUGCCAUGGAGAAGCAGAUUGCGUUUCAAAAGGAUUACACACCAUUGUCGGCUCAAGAGACCCUUACCUCGACUAAAGCCUUGGACGAAGAAACCGUGUCAAUAGACAAGGACGUCGACAUGGAUGAUGCAUCUUCAGCGCCUGCGCCUUCGGCGUCACAUUCCGGAGUUCGUACUCAUGUUGUGCGUAGCAAAGAGUUCAAGCGACCUGUAAAGCCAACCCGAGAAACACAAAACCGAACAAAGCAGGCGCCCACUGUCAUCAGAGUCAAUACGGGAUCGCAGCACUCGCAGUAUAGAUUGUCCACCGCGCAGCCCGAUACGUCUUCCUCUUCGUCGUCUCAGUCAUCCCAUCAGGUCAGCAGCAAAGUCGGCAAGGCAUCCUUACCACCUAAACCAUCCACUCAAAGCUUGAGAAGUGCAGCAGCGACUAGCCGUGUGAAGGCGCAGGAAUUGGCUGCGAAGAAGAAAGAGCAAGAAGAGCGCGAGGCUCAAAGGCGUCGGGACGCGAAAGCCGAAAUAGAAAGGAAAAAGGCUGCGGCACAGGAGGAACAGCGUAAGCAUGAUCAGCUUAAGCGCCAAGAGGUCGAGCGGCAACGACAACAACAGCAAGAACAAGCAGCCUCACAGGCGCAAAACAAGUGCGGUGCUCAGAGAAAGGCUGCCAUUGAAAAGGCAAAGCAAACUAGAGCACCCCCUCCUGCUGUGCGCUCUCAACCCAAUGGCCCACCCGACUUCUCAACGUUUGAUGACCCUGCGCUCAGUCGACCUCCGUCUCGACCAACGUCCAAUGCCCCAUGGACUCAAGAUGAACCCGGCCGUCCGGUGAAUGCUGUGCUGUCUAACGCUGGUAAAUCUGGCGCAAAGCGGCCAUUGACCCAAGACAAGGGCGAUGAAACCCAAUACAAACAGCCCCAAACACGAGGAGGUGCGGCAUACCAAUCAAACGACGCUAAACGACGCCGGACAAGUGAACCUGCGGACGAAGAAACUGAUGGCUCGAGCCAAAGAAACAUCAGAGGACCACCAGUCCGGCCGUCAGCCGCGUUCAAGAAGGAACUGCCAUCGAAAUCGAUCUUCCAAGCUGGAUACACGAAUGCGCCUCAGAGCAAUGCGCCAAAUCUCUUCAAGGGUCCAGUUCAUGCAUACAGCAGUGCUCAGAUGAAGGGAGUGCAUCCGCUGGACAUGGCACAAAUCUCGAAAGGUGCUAUCCCCUUUGCACCGAACCCCAAUGCUGCUGGAUUAGCACAUAAAACGCCAGCUCGACCAGGUCCCGCCGCAAAUGGCGGCAAGUCCGCCGCUAAAUCUGUCCCUCGAUCUUCCCCGAGGUUCCAAAAUGGCGAAACCAUAGAGCUUCCCGAAAUUCAGACAGAUGACGACAGCGAGGAUGAUGAAUCGAAUGGCGUGACUGUCGCACCUUGGGCGGACUCGCCAGAUCUGAGAAUGGCGCUGAUGCGUCAGGAGACUAUGGAUCCCUCCCGGAUUUUUGGACCCCCUGCACCAUUGAACAUGGAGGAAGUUUUCAACAAGAGCAAGGACAGGUUUCACAAGUUCCGCGCCAGAACCUCUAGUGCUAACUGGAGCGGAGCCGAUCGAUUGACAGAGGAGGAAGUCCGGAAAGAUUUGAUAGCUCGCGACAAACUUCGGCGCGACGGAGGGUGGUCUUACGAAAUGAGUAGGGAUAUGCUGUAG